CGUGAUCUGUAGGCUGCAGGUGGAAUAUAUGUGAAAGUGACGUCACGGCUAGUCCAUAUUAUUAUUUCUAUGCAUUACACCACACCAAUGAAAAAGUGCUAAAAUUGAAAAUUGUUUUUUGUUGUAGUCUACAUUUCCCUGGAUAAAUUUUAAUGGAAAAAACGCCCGUUCAAAAAUCCAAAUGGCUAAAUAAACAGGGGAUUUGCAAACAAAAUAAUGCUUUUGAGGAAGUGAAAGUCAGUUCUUCUCCAAAACACCAAGAUAUAGAUAAUGAUAGUCCAUUACAAAUACCUUUGACUCAAGAUGCAUCGGAGAAUGUUGACGUUGUUUGGGAUUGGAAUUCUCCCCAACAAAAACCGCAUCCAAGAAAAUCACAAAAAAGAUUGAUUUUACCACCAUCUCCUAAGAUCCCAAUAAAAAGACAUCCAUCACAUAAUUCUAUACAGAAUUUUGAAAAAUUACGAAGUGAACUGCAAGCACUUAGGGAGGAAAUAGCAGUUCCAGAAAAUGAAGACUUUCUUCGCUUAUCCCCUGUUGAAGAAGCUGACUAUAAAAACAUUAGCAACACCAACUCACUGGAGGAAGAGUUCCAAAACGAUAACUUUGAAGAUUUAUUCAAUAGUCCUGUAAACACAGAGUUGAUGAAAUUUUGUGAUAAUGGAAAUGAGAUUGUUUCCAGUAAUACAAAUGUUAAACAAGAUGGUGUGAAGUCUCCCUCUAGGUCCCCAUUCAAGAAAGUUCAAAGAAAUUCUGAUAUAUCCAAAAAUGCAAAUGAUUCAUUUGAAGCUUUGCUUAGUGAAGUGGACAUAGACCAGUUGACAUAUUCAAAUGAAAAAGGAUCUGAAAAUUCAAAAAAGUGUGAGGAAUCAAAUUCUUUCGCAUUUCAAAAAUAUAAUCUUCAUAAAAGUACUGGGAAAGUAGAGUUUUUCAGGACAAAAAGUUUUGAAUUAUCCAAUGUAGAACAUAUCACAGGUAUUCCUAAGGAACAGAUGGAUGAUAUUGAAAGGAAGAGAAGAGAGGCUUUAGCAAAGUUGAACUCAAAAAGAAAACAAGAUCUAACAGUUAUUUCUCCAACCAGCCAAUGUUCUUUGGAAGAGAUUGAAAAUAAAAGACGACAAGCUCUUGCUAAAUUAGAAGCUAAAAGAGAACAAGAAAUCAUAGAAAGAAAGCGCCAAGAAGCUUUAAAACGAUUACAGAGUAGGAAGAGGAAUGCUCCCAAUGUGAAAAGUGUACUGACAAAGAGACUUGAUUAUGAGAUCACUUGAUUCAAAAUAAAGUGUUAUUUAUAUAUUCAUAAAUCUUUAUUAUAUUAUUAAUCAUGAAAAA